GAAAGAAUCAAGUUGUAAAACUUAAUGUUGGUGGUAAAAUAUUUGCUACUAAUUUGGCUACUAUUACAAGUGUUAAAGAUACAUUCUUUACAGGAUAUUUUAAUGACUUGUUUAAUCCAACAGCAGAGGAAGAUGAUAAUUCAUUCUUUAUUGAUAGACCCAAUGAACAAUUUCAUUUAAUUUUAAAUUAUUUAAGAGGAAUUGAUAUUUCAUCUAAAUUAUCAAGUUUAAAUGAACAUGAUUUGAAUGAUUUCAUUGAAGAAAUUGUUUAUUAUCAAUUAACAUCUAUUUAUGAAUUAUUACCUAUAAAUGGAAAGAAAAUAUUAAAACCAAAAUAUUCAAUUUCUACUACAAGUACUAAUAACGUAACAGCUAAAGUGGAAUUUGAUUCAAAUUAUUGUUCAUCAAAUAUUCAAUUAGAAACACCAACAAGAGCAAGAAAAACAAUAGCUAACGGCUGGGAUGCAGCCAUAUUAGGAACAAAAACAAACGUAUUUAAAAUUAAAUUAAUUUCAAAUUGUGCCAAUUUAAUGAUUGGUUUUGCACCUAAAACUAUUAAUAUUAAUGGUUCAAAUUACAAUUCAUGUGGUUAUUAUUUAUAUUGUGCUGGUAAUGGUUACUUGUUUUCAGAAAGAGGUGAUUCAUGCAAAUCCUAUAUUAAUAGUCGCAUAGUUGAUGGUUCAAUUAUUGAAUGUGAAUUAAGAAAUGGAAAUAUUUCAUUCAAAGUUAAUGAUAAAGAUUAUGGAGUUGCGUUUUCUGAAAUUACAAAUGAAAAUGAAUUAUAUCCUGCUUUUAAUUUGGCCAAUGUAGAUUGUACCUUUGAAUUUAUAAAUGCAUAA